AUGUGCUACACCUUCGUCACUCGUCCGUACUGUCCUUGCUGCUGUGAAUUUGUCAAGAACGUCAGCGAAGAAGAGAUCAAAGAACAGAUCUGCCCUCUCCACGCGCCUUGCAAAGUCCGAUUGCAGCGUCCAUUGCCCCGAAGUCCGCGGGUGGAAGUAGUCAAGACUGUCUGUGCCGACUGCAGCUGGAAAAACGCAAGGGAACUCUUCGCCUUUUCUACUGCAGCCGAUCGCCUUGGAACUGCUGAUUCGAACCUUUGCAGCAAUACCAAGGCCUCCCUCCCAGAGAAGGAAUCAAUCCUCAGAAACCCCAUUAGUGCAAAUGGUUCCUAUGUGGGCUUGCAAGCCGAUGAAAACACCCCCGAUACGUUGGCCGUGGAAGAUGAUGCAGACUUUGAAUCUCGAGGCGCCUCCUAUGUGGGAACCGAGCUGAUGAGAGAACUCGGCGAGCAGAAAGAGCAGCCCACGAAUCCCGCGGAAAACCAUUCUUCUGCGCCCUCGGUCGCCCACAGCUCUUCCCCAAACUUGAACCAGGCAUCAUGUCAUUGCUGCUCCUUGCCUCAAGCAAGCUCUGCCCGCAUCGAAUUUAUCCCUAUGGGUACCGGCAUGCCAGGCGCACCGACAAUGCCCAAAGCCGACCGCAUGAAAGCCGCCGCCGCCGCCGCAAGGGCUGCAUCGAGACCCCAUCCUGGCGCUCCGGGAUUCACGCCAGGAUCAAAGGCAUCACCUUCGCCACCAAAAACUGCUGUCCCGAGAAGACCCAGUCGUCCCUACUCCACGGUUACUCCGCCCCGGCCACCACCACACCGCCGACACCAGCGCCAAAACACCCUUCCUACCACCCCUCGCUGGUGCUAG